AUGGGAAUCCAAGGCUUGCUUCCUCUGCUAAAGCCAAUCCAAAAACCCGUUUCGAUUGCUGAAGAUUUUGCCGGUCAGGUUAUUGCAGUGGACGCCUACUGCUGGUUACACAAGGGAGCUUAUGGAUGCGCCAUGGAACUGGUAGAGGGAAAGAAAAGCUUUGUGUAUGUAGCUGCUUUUCUCAUUAAUUUUAGUAACUCUGACAUUUAAACAUAACGGAAAUCUGAAAUCAUGUACAGUCAUUUAGUUGUUUAUAAUGCUUUCUUUUGCUAGGAUCAUUUGCCCCUCUAGAAUGCUGUAGUUAGGGCUCUCCAACCCCCCCCCCCCCCCCCACCGUAAAAAAACUUCCAGUUCUGGUUAACCACAGACCUGAAAGACUUUGACUUCUUUUAAAAUCCACAGUAAUAGUUACAAGAAAUGAUUUUAGCUUGACUGCAUUGUCAUCCAACCAUCUGUUUUUCAGAUAUGUCAACUAUGUUUUGAAGCGUAUCAAUAUGCUGCUGCAUUUUAAUGUUAAGCCAAUCUUAGUCUUUGAUGGAUCAUACUUACCUUCCAAGGCAGGUCAAGAGGAACAACGAAGAAAGUAAGUAUGUAACAUUUCAAAUAUAAGGAUCCAGAAAAUAUCUAUGUAUUUUGUUUUACUAUUGUACUCGUCGCUCUCCUAGUUUCAACCUAUCUUUGUGUCGUUUGUUGUCAUAGUAUCUCUCUAGCGUUGCUGUUUCAAGGCCAUGUCACUUGUCAGAAAUGUGCCCUCACAGGGCCUUUGGUGUUGGUUGUUAAACCAGGGUGCAGCUGAAUAUUUUUUGCUAUUCUCGCACUUAAAUUUCAGCCUCUUAAUUUUCUAUUUUUCUAGGGCAAGACAAGAAAAUAAGGCCAAAGGUUUGGCCUUUUUGCGAGCUGGCAACAGGCAACAGGCUUUAGAAUGCUUUCAGAAGUGUGUUGAUAUCAGUCCAGAGAUGGCUCUUGAAGUAAUUAAGGUACUGCUGCUGUUAUUUGUCUCUUUUGAUUGCUUUUGUAUUCUUGACACUGUCCACAUAAUCAUGGUCUUCUUCCCCUAACAGUAAUUUUACAAGGGGGCAGUAACAGGUGAUACACAGACAUCUAAUCUUAAAGGAGUUGUGUCACAAAUUUUAUAAAAAUUCUAGCCACAGGCACUGCCACCAUAUUGACAGAGUGAAACAUAAAAAUAACCUUACAAAACAGUAAACAAAGGUAUUAACAACACAGCAGAUAGAAAAGUAGGCAUGGAUGGGCAAACUUAACUCUGAAGAUGACUACCACACAGGUUGUCGAAACGUCAGUCACUGUCAACAACAACAGUCCUAUUCAGGACUACGUUCACCCGGAUGAUCAAACUCAACUUACUUUUGAAAUGACUCCUGGGUUCAAACCUUUCACAAACUUGAAUAAGUUUUAUAAAAUGGAUUAAAAUUGUGGGUUUUUGAAGACUUGUUAGCCUAACAGUUUUUCAGAGUUCAUUGUUUUUGUUUGUAACAUUUUUUUAUUUUGAUACAUUGCUUAACACUGUAAGUCCCAAUAGUGACAAUCAUCAAUUUUCUUUUAACAAUAUCCAUACAUUGUCAAGAGAAAUUGUUACGAGAAUUAAUCAAAUGAUCACCAGAGAGAAAAUGCUUUGAUCUGUUAUUAAACCCUCUCGACGUAUCUCUAAGGAAAUGUAUGAAUAUCAGUGUGGAGAAUUUGGUUGUGGAUAUUGGGGCUUAAAGAAGAAUUGACAAUGCUAGCCCCAUCUGCCACUUUAGAUGUAUGAAGGAACCUUGGCCGAGUUUGCUUUUGCAAAGACUUCUGGGAUUAUCAUUGGAGAUGCGCUGGCCAGCUAUUGGCCAAUUUUUUCCCUGCCUCCAGUGACAGUCCCAGAAGUCUUUUCAAAAGUUAACUUGGAAUAGUUUCCUUCUCAUUUCUAGUGUGGUGCUAUUGGUAUCUGAAUAGAUACCGUAAAAUUCCGAAAAUAAGCCCCUCCUUGUAUAAGCCCCUCCAAAUAUAACUCGUAAUGCAAAAAACCCUCCGUUAAAUAGCCCUUCCAAAUGUAAGCCCCCCAGGGGUUUGUACUUGGAAAUUGCCCUUAAAUACAAAGUGGCACUAUAAGGCUAGCCCAAUCAAUUUUAAAACACAAAUUUCCCUCAAAGAAACAUGCCUGGAUAAAAAUAUAAGCCCCGGCUUAUUUUUCGUUACCUGCAAAACCACAUGGCCCAAAACAUGCCUGGAUAAAGCUGUAUUAAAGAGGUUUUAAAAGUUUAAUUUCCUCUUUACUUUUCAUUUACUGUUCAUUAUUUCUACACAUAAAUAUUUUUAUUGUUGGUUUCAAGUAGUUUUUUACCCAUAAGAAUUGUUUUGAACCACUUUUAUCUGCUCAUUUUCUAUUUUGAGAAAUUUUCAACUUGAAUCUGACGUUUGCCGUUUGCUUUAUACGUGAAGCUAAAACUCUCUAUUUUCUUUUUAGGAAUGUAGAAAGAAAGGUGUAGACUGCAUUGUAGCACCUUAUGAGGCUGACGCUCAGCUAGCAUAUUUAAUGAAAACUGGGAUCACUUCUGCCGUUAUAUCUGAAGACUCAGAUUUACUUGUGUAUGGAUGCCAAAAGGUAGGUGACCUUUAUGUUUAUGAUAUGCCCUACAAUUUAUAGAGUUAUUUUUUCCUUUAUACUGCACAAUCAGUCUUUCUUUUGCUCAAAAAUCUUUAAGCUAGUGCGAUACGUGAGUAUGCGAGCAGCAAAGCUGCAAGCAGUGAGGUGUUGGGCAAAAGAGUGACUGCUCGCAGUCUAUUUUUCCUUGAUUGUUAUAAGCCAGAACCUUAGUAAUGUGUAGUUAUCUGUUGCCUGACAUUGGAAGGGGGUGGGGGAAGAGGUGUUCUCCUGGAAAAUAAAUUGGGGAUGUGUGGCAUGCUUCGUGAAUUUUGGACAAAAAUAUGUGAUUUUAACAACCUUUCUCAGUCUUGAAGCAUCUUUCUCAAAGACAAAUGGUAAAAAUAGAGAAAAAAUCCCUGAUCUCAGACUCUUACUUUAUUUUAGAGCCAAACAGCUAAAAACCAUACCUAAUGUUUGACCAUAUGGGGUAAAAAACCACACCCUUUGGAGCCUCUCAUACCCGUAUAGCUGAUGUGAUAGACACAGAAGUGCUUGCAUGCUAAUCAUAGAAAAGAUAUGUUUUUAUUUUACUGAUCUGUACUUUUGUGAGGGUAAGUAUGGAAGGAUUCGACCCUCCAUCCUUCCAUACCUACCCCCACAGGUAAGAAGCACUCUGUACCUUUUUCGCUGUUAUCUAUUGCGACCUACUCAAUAUCAUCAUCAUCAUCAUCAUCAUCAUCAUCAUCAUCAUCAUCAUUUUGCCCUUCUUCUUUAGGGGAACCUUGUUAACUUUAAUAAAUGUGCAUGUAUUCUCGUUUUCCAGGUAAUCUUCAAGAUGGAUGCCUAUGGCCAUGGUAUGGCCAUUGAUUUAGCCGAUCUUUCCAAGUUGACAGACCUUAAGCUGCAUGAGUUCACCCAAGAAAAGUUCCGACACAUGUGCAUACUGUCGGGCUGCGAUUAUUUGCCUUCUGUCAAGGGGAUUGGACUUCACAAGGCUUUGAAACUUCUGAGAAAAUCAUCUUCCGUUGACAAGGUAGAUGCUUUACCGGUUGAGAGUCCCGAAAGUAGCUUUUUUAAGGGCUUAUUCAUUGCCAUGAACCAUUCUAUUUUAUUUUUCCCAGGCGAUACGUUCCCUGAGACUAGACGCCAAGAUGCAGGUCCCUGCAGACUAUGAAAAGAGUUUCAAACAAGCAGACGAAACUUUUCUGUAUCAACUAGUUUUUGAUCCCAUCUCCAAGAAGCUGGUUCCAUUGAACGAGCUACCAGAAGGCAUAGAACUUGGUGAUCUGGAGUUUGCCGGACCGUAUCCUCGUAUAUCUUUUAUAUAAUAUAUAAAUUUAGCCAAGGCUAAAAGGGAAGCGUCCAUUUAUAUACUUUUAAUUACUUAAAACCAAUAAGCUUCAAGUUAUGCAAAGAAAUCCAGAAAUGUAUACUUAAAACAAAAGAUAAAAUUAUAAAUCAAUAGUCCUGGAAAAGACUUGUUGCACAUACGUCUGCAUUUUUGAGAAGCUAUUGAUCAGAGCGUAAAAUUUAAUGUUGUAUAAAGUCUGGUUGUCAUUUACGAAACUUCGUAUCCUUGUGUAUCUUUUUUAUAUAACUAAGAAAAACUGUGACAAUACGGCGGACACAACAAUCUGUUUCUUUUUAUGCCGUUAUGUCUUCAUUACGUUCCACGUAAAACUGGACUCUCAUUUGAAUCAACUCCUUCUCAUGCAUCAUUAUUCGCAGAAAACAUUGGCUUAAAUUCCGUUGAGGCCUCAUUAUUUUCAGAAUAUAAGUUGCACUAACGUUUGUUGCCAUAUCUUCUAUGUUCGGAGUGUCCCAACUCCACUCUUAAACAAUGUGUAAAAUUUCGUCGUGAUGAUUUCCAUAUGAAUUUAUUUCAUGGACUACAAAAAAAAAAAUGCAGAACAUAUCGGAAAACAAGCAGCGUUUUGCGUCUAAAUGAAUCUGUUGUUUUAUCUGAGAUUCGAUUUCCGUCGUGAUUUAGUACUGAAAAACGACAUUAUCAGUAAAAAUUGUUACACUAGCUGCAUGUUGUUAGUCGCGAACGAGAAGAACCAAUUUCUUGUUUAUUUGUUAGUAGGAGGGGGUGUUGGUGUGUUGAGAAGGGCUGUGGUGUGUAUUUGGUAUAUAAGGAUGAGAGACGAAGUCAUCUUAGCUAGUGUUACUAAAUUGUGUGUACCACUCAUGUGAAUGUGUACAAACUUGUGGAGGCUUUGUGUUUGAAAGUAUCAUUGUUAAAACCUUAACAGAUGAAAGGUUGAUGUCUGGAGAGAAAGCGCUCGGAAUUGCACUGGGGAACAUCAAUCCCAUCACAGGGGAAGUGAUAGCGAAUUUCAGCCCGUGUAAAACCAAGGUAUCGAAUUCACUUUUCGAUAAUGACGAUAACGACUACGAGUGCGAGAUUUUCUUAAUACUAAGUUGGGCUCGCGCGUGAACCAACGUCAUUUUGGCGAGAAAACGUGAUAGCCGUCGUCAUUCUACUACGAAUUUUAGCGAGAAUGUCGUAGUGGCGGGAACAAGUUGUCAAAUGUUAUAAGUUUUAUCAUUGUACGAUCGGGAGAGGGCUUAACCUCCUUCAAUAAAUAACAGUGCUUACAUUUCUGGUGAAUCAGAGGUACAGUGAAGCUUUCCGGGGUGUCUGUUUUUUGAGAAUACGCGAAAAAACUUUCAUUCAAAUCUUGCACUCGUAGUGGUCCUCGUCUUCGAAUCUAAAGCUCUCUAAUCUGCUCAAUUCACUUGUAGCCUGCGUAGCAGGCGCCCGUUCUUUCUUGCGCCAAGCGCCUGCUACGCAGGCUAUUCACUUGAGGUGUAGCAAGCCCUUUGUUGCUUGCCUGUGAUUGCUUUUUUUGUGUUCCCCGUUUUCCAGUGAAGCCGAGUUUUUGCUUUAGGUAUUCUAUGAUUGUACUGAUCGACCCUUGAGGUUUGGAUAGUAGGAAUGUAUUUGAUUCUUCAGACAUUUUGCUUCCGUUAUCCCUGUUCAUGUUGUUCAACAGGGCCCAAAAAAUCGCUUAUCGAAGCGGAGAUGACUGUAAAGCAACAAUUACUUUGAAUAACCAAAGUUCCAUAAAGUAGAUGUGUUCGCACAUCUUUUCGGAAACUGAAGACCGGCCCCUGUGGUUCUUUUCUCGUAAGCGACCACCUCCCGUUAGCGACCACUAAGUCUUCCCAUUUUGGGUGGUCGCUUACUGGAGUUUCGACGGUAUCCAACACUUUCGAUUCUGCUUUUUUUUUCAGGUCUUAGAUCUUGGGUCUGAUGGUAAAUCUGGCGAGGACGUGGAUAUUGAAUCCGAUUCUCUCACCCCAGUCACCACGUCAUCGUUUGGUCACUCGGUCAUGAGCAAGAGAGGAAAAACUGGGUACGACGUUCAGAAAAAUCUCUCCGGACUGCUGCUUAAUUCACAACAGUCUGCCAAAACAAAGAAGCCUUUCCUGCCACCAGGCCAGAAAAGAAAAGCUGAAGAGGACGCUUUGGACGAUGAUUCACUCGUCAACAUGUACACCGCUCUCAAGCCAAGGCCAAUGUUAACACGGGCACCAUCAAACGUUGAACGCAAGGGAUCGAGUACUUUGGGUCAUGGCCUUAAGAGGGCAAAGUUCAAGAAUCCAUUUAAAUUCAAUGGUCAAGAUAUGGAGUCAAAAGGCAAAACAGAAUUCAGCAGGUAGGUGUGGCCAUUUUGGCCUAAAAGUAAGGAGGGUGCCCCCGGUUGCCCGGGCCCCUGGGUGCCUGGGUCCCCGCCCACCCUUUCCUAGAUUUGCCUGUGGAAGGGUAUCACUUAGUGCGAUAUGAUCACUAAAUGGGGACAUUUCACAGUUUUUCGUCUUCUCUGAUCUACAUCUAAACAGAAACAUACUGGAUAUAUUUGUUAUUUUAAUAAUAAUGGAGAAACUGGCCUCGCAGCGCUCGAUCGUGACUGUUCAGGGAAAGUCACCGAAAGUACCUUUUGUCUCUUUCUUGCUUGUAAUCAUCAUCUGAUAAACAUUCCUCAAAGCUUUCACUUGUUUAAUCCAGAAUAAUCUUCGUUAUUCUUAACAUUUUUACACUUGUGCGCCGUGUUGAACAAACGAAGAAAAGAAUUCCUCCAUCUCUUCAGUCGUGUGUCUGUAGACCCAAAUAGUCCGUAAGCAAAGAGCAAUCUGAAUCAAACGCGCAUAGUAUUCACUGCAGUGUAUGGCAAGUUCUAUUGGAUUCAUCUCGUUGUUGAACUUGUUUCUCAAAAGGUAUUUUAAUCUCGCUGGAAGCCCUGAACGCAAGGAGCAAAACGAAGAUAAUGAGGUGACGAAUUCGGAAUGUCAAGAUGAGGACGAGGCAAGCGCUUUUAGUACAGGGGAUCCUGGGGCUGUACUUACUCUUUUAAAAGAUAUCACGGCGGAGGAUUGUAGUGGUAACGAAGUGGGAAAGGGAAGUAACGAUGAGGGCGAUAUUGAGGAAAAUAAAGAGAAUGAGUUUCAUUCUUGUGAAGUGUCUUCCAGCAGUGAGCGUCUUUCAGCGAAAAAUCUCGAGGAGAGUCAAGAAAGGACCUCGUCACAGAGAAUCUCCGAUACCUCUUCAAAGCUGCAGAAACAAAGCGUUUUGAGAAACCACUCGUUAAAUACUCAGACUGGAAACAAAAGCUUGGGCGAACUGUUUGGUUACAAACCAACUGUUAAAAAAAGAAGACUGGACAAUUCCAAGUCAGUUCCCUCACAGGCAAUUGCGAAUGAGAAAACUGAUAUUCCUGUGCCGCCGCUUGAGAUUAUAGAUAUUGACAGCGGAUACUUGUCAGAUACAGAGCAGAGUACGGAUGGUGACACACCUACUCCUACAUCGUCGGCUAUCGCGCACCUAACUCCACUCUCCUCGGGAAGAAGUUUGCCUCUUAGCCAAGGCAGCGCCGUUGGGACCAGGGUAUGCUGUGUGUUUUGUUUGUUUUAAAGAUUCACACCUUUUUAACUGCUGUUAUGACUGAAUAGCAAAUAAAAUGAUAUGUCUGGAGAAAGGAACUCAGAAACAAUCUUGACCGAGUUCCAGAUGCAAAUUAAACAGCCACGAUCUUCCAGACACUCGUCGGAUUCUCUAACCACUAAGCUAUCGAGAACUUUAAUGACGAGCAGGUCAUUUGUGGGCUGACACAACGAGCGCCUCGCGCAGUCACAUUAUGUCAAUUGAUCACAAGAAUUAACUGCAUCACGUAGUGACAUAAAUACUCUCUGAGCAAUAAAUAAUAAAUAGAAUGAUGUGUUUGAGGAGAAAAGAACUCUGAGUUCCAGAUUGAAAAUGAACCCACGACAUUCCGCAAACUAGUCAGGACUGAAGCAUGAGGAUCUUUUAUAUAUCUACCUCGCUAUAUCCAUAUCUACCUCUUUACAUUCAUUCUAACUCGAUUAGACAGCAACCGUCGAAUUGCGGUUAUAAAACAAACACUGCAGACAUUUCCCUUACAAGCCCAUUGUACGGUGUCUUUGUUUCUUUAAAAAAAUGCUUUAGUUUGUACACAGGUUUGCCUCUAUUUCUUUUUCUCUUUUCUAGACAAUGAAGAAACAGAUUCGACUGAAUUCGAAACCAGGUACGACUAUUGUACGUUCAAGAAAUUAUAAGGGGAAUGGGUACAAGCUUUCGGCGCAAUAAUUUCUGGGACGGUUUUUGUGGAGAAGCGUUAGUUAUGAUUGGUUAAUCGUUGCCUUGAAUACCAUCGACCAAUCAUAACUAACGCUUUUAUCAUCCCAGCAAUCACUGCACCCAAAGCUUGUACCCAUUCUCCCUAGAAUUUCCGAAGUUCAAUCUUCCUUACUUUGUUUAGAGAUCCGUGAAUUAUCAAAAGAAGAAUUCCGGUCCGCUGGCACGAUAGGGAGAUCACAUAAUCACCAUGGCGAAGACAGCCGAGCGAGAAAGUCGAAAAAGCAAUCGCAAUCUGCGGGCAUCACACUUUUUGGUACAUUUCGUCGCCGUCGCCUUCGCUGCACGACUGCGACGUAAGAGGUCGAGAUUUAACGACGGCUAUCACGUGUUUCCCGCCAAAAUGACACUGUUACACUCGUGCGCACUACUGAGUAUGGAGAAAAUCUCGUUGUCGUAGUCGUCCUCCUCUUUAUGAAGGACGUAAACACAAGGCGACGAUUUCCUCCUCCUCCUUCUUCUGAACUUGGAUACUGUCCUUAAGAAUACAACUCCUGAAAAAUUCGCCUACAAUCGCCGUUGUGAUUGCGUAAGAUCCCUAAUGCCGACGAUUGUUUGUUUAUUCUUGCAGGAAGUCGCAGCACCGGUCUUGGCAGAUGUCGUUCCAUGGGAAUGUCAAGACCCAAAAAGAAAGCACAGUCAGGUAGUUGCAAUAAGGAAGGGCAAACUCCUACAGUUUCCUCGACAUUGUUUAAGUAUUUUGAAUACGAGAAAAGAAAGGGACCCAAAGUGAAUGAAUUCACGCAAUGA